AUGGAUACUAUUUUACAACAAAAAAUAAUAGAAGCUACACAUUGUGUUGAAAAACAAUUAGACACAGAAAUAGAAAAGUUGGAUAAUUUGGAUAUUAAUGAUUUUGAAAAGUUACGUGAACAACGUUUCCAGAAGUUAAAAUUACUUCAACAACAAAAGCAAAAUUGGUUGUCAUUGGGUCAUGGAGAAUAUUCAGAACUACAGGAUGAAAAAGAAUUUUUUGAAAUAUCAAAAAAAUCAGAAAACAUUGUCUGUUUAUUUUACAAGGAUGAUUCGCCAAGAUGCAAGAUAGUAGAUCAUCAUUUUAAAAUUCUUGCAAAGAAACAUAUAGAAGCAAGAUUUUGUAAGCUAAAUGUAAUGAGAUGUCCAUUUUUAACUAAACGUUUAAGAAUCAAAAUUAUUCCCACAAUAGCUCUUAUUGUUAAUGGUAAAACUAAAGAUUAUAUUGUGGGAUUUACUGACUUAGGAAAUCGUGAUGACUUUCUAACUGAAACAUUAGAGUACAGAAUUUCUCUUUCUGGAGUAAUUAUAUUUGAAAAGAAUUUUUCAUCGGAAGAUAAUAAAAAAUCAUGGUUAUCCCAUAUUACAAAACCUAAAACUAUUAAAGGAUCUAAUAAUUCAAAUUCUGAAGAUUCAGAUGAAAAUUGA